AUGUUCUCCCAUAUCAACACCUACUGUCCUCCCAACUACUUCCACAAAAUGGCCGGAUUGGAACAAUCGCUUUUCCAGCUCAAGUUCACAGCCAAGCUGUUGAACAGACAGGCCGCCAAAGCUGCUAAGGAAGAGCUCCAGGAGAAAACAAAGACGAAAAAGGCGAUGAUGCAAGGCAACAACGAUAUCGCCCUGCUCUACGCCCAGAAUGCAAUCCGCAAGGCCAAUGAAAGAGUCAAUCUUCUAAGAUUGGCCUCUAGAAUAGACGCUGUGGCUUCUCGUGUACAGACAGCUGUGACGAUGCGUUCUGUCACUGGCAACAUGGCUACAGUUAUUAAGGGAAUGGACAAGGCUCUACAGACUAUGAACUUGGAGAGAAUCUCGCUUGUGAUGGACAAGUUCGAGACCCAAUUCGAAGACUUGGAUGCGCUGACCAACUUCUACGAAUCUGCCACCAACAAUGUCAAUGCUUUGACCACACCGCAAGAAGAGGUGGACGAGUUGAUGUCGCAGAUUGCGGAUGAGGCUGGCAUUGAGAUGAAGCAAGGUUUGAAUGAAACCAAGGUGGACAUUGUGACUCCUCCGCAGCCGAUAUCCGAAGAAAAGGAGGAUCGUCUUGCUGAACGUUUGCGUGCGUUGAGAAACUAA